UUCCGCUCCAACAGCAGCAACAGCAUCACCAACAACCAGCUAAGAUGACCUCCAGUGGCAUGAACACGAUGAGCAGGAUCAUCUUCUACGAGGACAGGAACUUCCAGGGCCGCUCCUAUGAGUGCAUGAGCGACUGCCCAGACAUGUCCUCCUAUCUGAGCCGCUGUCACUCGUGUAAGGUGGAGAGGGGCUGCUUCAUGGUCUAUGAUCGCCCCAACUACAUGGGAAACCAGUACUUCAUGAGGAGGGGCGAGUAUUCUGAUUACAUGAGCAUGUUUGGCAUGAGUGAUUGCAUCAGGUCCUGCCGUAUGAUCCCCAUGUACAGAGGAUCCUACAGGAUGAGGAUCUACGAAAGGGAGAACUUCCAGGGCCAGAUGCAUGAGCUGAUGGAGGACUGUGACAGCAUCAUGGACCGCUUCAGAAUGUCCAACUUCAUGUCCUGCAAUGUGAUGGAUGGCCACUGGCUUAUGUAUGAGCAGCCCAACUUCAGAGGAAGGAUGUGGUACAUGAAGCCUGGAGAGUACAGGAACUUCAUGAGCAUGGGCAUGAGUGGAAUGAGAUUCAUGAGUAUGAGGCGCAUCAUGGACUCCUGCUACUAGAUAAUGACUCAACAUAAUGCAACAAAAAUUCUGACACAAGCUAUAGAGAGAAAGCAAAUGACUGGACCAUGUGAUGUUGAGAGCAGCACAUUGAUAAAAACAUUGCUUAUAUUCUGCAUUGGUCAAGACCACAAGACAAGCAAUAAAAACUAAUUGCCUUA